AUAUAUUAUAAAUAGUUAAAUAACAUUUAAUAAUGUUUCGUAAUCAAUAUGACAGUGAUGUUACGGUUUGGAGUCCACAAGGACGUUUACAUCAAGUAGAAUAUGCAAUGGAGGCUGUAAAGUUAGGAUCAGCUACUGUAGGACUUAAAAAUAAAACUCACGCAGUCCUUAUUGCACUGAAAAGAGCUUCUUCUGAAUUAUCUGCUCAUCAAGAAAAGAUAUUCCUUGUAGAUAAACAUAUGGGAAUUUCUAUUUCAGGUUUAACAGCUGAUGCCAGAAUACUAAGUCGAUAUAUGCGAAUUGAAUGUUUAAAUUAUAAGUUUUUCCAUGAUAACCUAUUACCUGUAAGUCGUUUACUUGCAUCCCUGGGAAAUAAAUUACAAACAUGUACUCAAAGAUAUGACAGAAGACCAUAUGGUGUAGGCUUACUUAUUGCUGGAUAUGAUGAUCAAGGACCACAUAUUUAUCAAACAUGUCCUUCAUCCAAUUAUUUUAAUUGUAAAGCAAUGGCUAUUGGUGCACGUUCUCAAAGUGCUCGUACAUACUUAGAAAAACAUCUUAAUGAACUUCUAACAUGUGAUCUUGAUGAACUAAUAAAGCAUGGUCUCCGUGCAUUAAGAGAUACAUUGCCAAAUGAACUUGAUUUAUCAGUGAAGGUAAAUGAAUGUAUUUUUUUUUUUAUAAUUUUCAAAACAUUUGAUGAAGAUACAAUUUCUGCUUAUCUAUCUCAAAUUGAAAAUGACAAACGUGGUAAACCUACUGAACCAGAUGUAGAACAAGAUUCCAAACCUCCACAACCUCCACCUUUUGAUAAAGGUCCACAAGAUCCACAAGUUGCAGUUGCAAUGGAUACAGAUUAAAAAUAAUGUAAUAUACUUCAUAAUAUAUUUUAUGUAUACAUUCAAAA